CCCUCUUCCCCUCGCUAGCGUCCCCCCACUAUUAUUAUCACAAAGAAACAAAGCACUGAAUGCUUAGAGAGAGAGAGAGAGAGAAAGAAAGAUAAAAAGAGAGUGAAAAGUCAUGGAAGUUGGGACAAAGAAGGAGAAGAUGGGGUUCGAGGAGACCGAGCUCAGGCUAGGCUUGCCAGGAAAUGGAGCAACUACUACUACUACUACUACUACUCAUGAAGCUGCUGAGGUGGCAAGGAAGAGAGGCUUCUCUGAGACUCAGACUAGUGCUGUGGAUUUGAAGCUCAAUCUUUCUUCCAAGCUGGAACAGAAGCCCAACACCAACCACCUUCUCACCGCUGCUGCUGCUGAUCCAGCCAAGCCUCCGGCUAAGGCACAAGUUGUGGGUUGGCCCCCCGUCCGAUCAUUCCGAAAGAAUAUGUUAGCUGUCCAAAAGGGCGGCCGCCCUGAUGAUGAGGAGAGUGAGAAGGGUAGUAGUACUGGGAACGCAGCGUUUGUGAAGGUUAGCAUGGAUGGUGCACCAUAUCUUCGUAAAGUUGACCUAAAGAUGUACAAGAGUUACCAUGAGCUCUCCGAUGCCUUGGGCAAAAUGUUCAGUUCCUUCACUAUUGGUAAUUGUGGAUCCCAAGGAAUGAAGGAUUUCAUGAACGAGAGGAAGCUGAUGGAUCUUUUGAACAGCUCUGACUACGUUCCUUCUUAUGAGGACAAGGAUGGUGACUGGAUGCUCGUUGGUGAUGUCCCAUGGGAGAUGUUUGUUGAUUCAUGCAAGCGUCUGCGCAUAAUGAAAGGAACAGAGGCGAUUGGACUCGCGCCAAGAGCCGUGGAGAAAUGCAAGAACAGAAGCUAAACUAGUAACGUCCACAACCUGCUCCUUCGAUCUCGUCGCAGUCACUGCAAACAACCCCCAAAAAAAAACGCGUGCAGAUGGAUUGAGCAGGAUGUAUGUGCGUUUCAUUAUAUGUGGUUUUUUUAAUUAUAUGAAUUAAUUAGUGUGAGAUUUUGAGUACUUAUUGUGGACAGAAACAACAAUAGUAACUCUUAUAUAUAUGUUCCUAAGACUUGACUUU